GGUGUCGGACUGGUGGUGGUGGAGUGUGUGUGUGUGUGCUGCUGUGGGUGGUUGGAGUUGGGGAUUUCUGAGGGAUGGUGUGGUUGUGGUAGUGGUUAGGGGGAUUCACUCACGCGAUCGAUGCCGUUCCAGCUCAAGACGGGACACCACGGCGCCAUGGACGCGAAGCCGCCGCCGCCGACGACGCCAACGCCGGCCCCUGCGCCGCCUCUGCCCGCCGCGCCGCCGCGGGUCUCGCGGCUCCGGAGGCUGCUGGUGAGGGUCUCCGCCUCGGAGCGGGUCGCGGCCGCGGGGGAUGCGAAGGAGGAGAGGCCGGCGGCCGGCAACGGCAACGGCGCCGGCGAGGCGGAGGCCGGGUCGGUGGGGCUGGACCGCAUGGUGCUAAGCUUCAUGGAGGAGUCCGCGGCCGUGGCCGAGCGGCCCCCGCGCGGGCGCUGCAACUGCUUCAACGGCAGCAACUACGAGGAGAGCGACGACGAGGAGGACUUCUUCCUCCCCUCCGGCAUCCCCUCCAAGCCUGCCCCCGCCGCCGCCGGCGAGACCCUCGAGGCGCUCAAGGGUCUGGUGCAGAGCGCGAGCGUCGCGGAGCGGAACCUUCUCGCCGACGCGUCCCGGAUCGCGGAGCGGUGCGGCAGGACCUGCAAGCGCAAGGCGGAGUGCCGCCGCGCGGUGGCCGACGGGCUCAGGUCCCUCGGAUACGACGCCGCCGUCUGCAAGUCGCGCUGGGAGAAGACCGCCUCCUACCCAGCAGGGGAGCACGAGUACAUCGACGCGGUGUUCGCGGACGGCGCGAGGCUGAUCCUGGAGUUGGAUUUCCGUUCCGAGUUCGAUCUGGCACGCUCCACCAAGGCGUACCGCGCGGCGCUGCAGGCGCUGCCGCCGCUGUUCGUGGGCACGGCGGACCGGCUCGGGCAGAUCGUGGCCGUGGUGGCGGAGGCGGCGCGGCAGAGCCUCAAGAAGAAGGGGCUGCACUACCCUCCGUGGCGCAAGCCCGAGUACAUGCGCGCCAAGUGGCUGUCCCCGCACGUCCGCGCCGGCGGCGACGAGAAGGCUCUUGCCGGCCCGUCGCCCACCGCCACUGCGGUGUCGGCGGCGAGCUUCUCUGGGGAGUUCGAGCUCCUGUUCGGCAUGAACCAGAGCGGGGGGGACUCCGUGAUGGCCCCCGGCGAGAAGAUCAAGGUUGUGGUGUCGCCGUGGCGCCCGACGGAGGAGGCGAGCAGGGUGCCCCGGGCGAAGGUCGUCACGGGCCUCUCCGCCGUCCUCUGAAUCGUGGCGAGGUCGACAAUAACUAGUACUAGUACUACUACAACCAGCAAUAGCUCGCCGCUGCAAUUUUCCAUCCCCCUUUUCCGUUUCUUUUCCCCCGCGCUCUUCGAUCCGUUGGCGGAUCCAGUUUUUGGUGUUUUGGUGUUUUUCCGGGGUUUUUGUUUCGGAAAAAAAGAGAAAAAAAACACUCGCCCUCCUAUUACUAGUAGUUCUUCGUCUUGCCUUGAUUUUUGACCCACCCCAUUGUAAUUUUGCUUCGGCAUGAGGAGCUUGGUGAAGGUUUGAUCCUUCGCUCCUCCUGCCGAUUAGUAUCAGUAGUAGUACCUGUAAGAGAAGAGAUUAGAGAUCAACAGGCGAGGUUUCUUGUUCAAACCUCGACCAUGGAUCCCUCUGCUCUUAGGAAUUAAUCAGUCACUUACCUUCCUCCCCAGCUUAUUCCAGCCGAGUUCUAGUAGUACUGUACUUGUUAUUGCUAUGGAAGAGAUGAACAACGAGUAAUACAACGGAGUAUAUGACAUACAUUUUGCCAUAAAACUCUACAGACA